AUGGAUAAGCCAAGUUAUAGAGAACGUGCGCUUGGUGUACUUUCCCAAGCAAUCGAGAAAAGCAAUACCAUCGCCCAGUCCAACCCAGGAACCAAACGUGCUAUUGCUGCAGGAACCGCGUCGAUUCUUUUAGAAAUGGGGUUGGAAAGUUACGACAAACAGGAAGAACCGAUACUCACCUCGGACCAAAUUUCCCAAAUUGAAUCAAUUGCCGAGUCAGCCCAGGAACAACCCAAAUCCAAACACUUUGCUGACAGAUUAAUCGAAAAGUUAAUCCAGACUUCACUCCCUGAGAAUGUGCCUGACCGGGACAAGUAUGAAGCUCGGUUGAAGGAAAGCAAGCAACCCGGAAUGUCGAUUGCAAUAUUGACUAGUAAUAUGCGUAAAUUACUUGUGAAGAUGUCGAUUUUCUUUCAUGUCUACUAUGGUGGGAUCCACGUAUUGACUUGGAAACGACCCGCAAAGACAUUGAGUGUGUUGGUAUUGUAUACUGCUGUUUGUAUUUGGCCCCAUUUGGUGUUGGUAUACCCGUUGAUUUUCGUAUUGUUUGGGGUAUUUAUACCCGGGUAUGUUCAUAGGCAUCCAAUGAGACGGCCCGAUCUUAUAAAAGUGAAGAGACGAGGGCAAUCCUUAUGGAACUAUUUCUUUGACACUGAUGAAAUCAGCGUGCUUGAAGAGUUCAUGGAUGAGCAGGAAUAUUUCAAUGAGUCACCUGCUACUCCAGACUCGGACGAGCUUUCAGAUGAAAUGCUGGUAGUAACAGAAAUAACCACACCCGAUGAUGAAACUAUCGAGACUCGCAAGUCUCAACUUGAUAUAGUUAUGAACUUGCGUGAUUUGCAAGGGUUGACUACGGAUUUAUUAGUUGGCAUUGAAAAGGGAGAACAGUUUUAUAGUGACAUCGGAGGAUUUAAAGACGAGCGGUUGUCCACGUUUAUCUUCUAUGGGACGGUGCUUGCCACUGGAAUUGUUAUGUUCUUGGGCCAGUUUAUUCCCUGGAGGUUGAUUUUCAUUCAGUCUGGGUGGGCAGUCAUGUUGUUAUUGCACCCUAAAGCCAAGAAAUUGUUGGUAAAUGCUCAGAAAUUGCAAAAACCAAAAGAUGAAGUGAAAACCGAGGUUGAACCCGCGGUUAAAGAAGACAAACCUUUUGAUCGAAAUGAUAUUAUCGUUGAUGAUUCUCCUGAAGUGAGAAUGGUUGAAGUGUUUGAAUUACAAAUGAAGAGUAUAUUAAAGAGUGAGUGGAAGUUUUAUAGGUAUACCAAUACGUUGUAUGAUAAGAGCAACAAGUCGAGAGUUGCCGGCAAGAGACCAAGAGGGGUUGAUGAUCUUUCUAAGGUGUUACCGCCCCAUGACUGGAAAUUUGAUUUUGGAUUAGUCAACAAAUGGAAAGUUGACGAAGAGCCAGUAAAGUUCCUCACUGAACGAUCAUACGAUAUCAAGUUAUUCAAAUUAAAGAACGACGAAUGGAUAUAUGAUGAUAUGGAGAAUGUCGAACAGGAUAUCGUCUACGAAUUCAGAAGAAGGCGUUUAUCGCGAGAUUGUUUUAGAUAUGGUAGAGCAAAAUAGUUAAUCUAUAAAUUCAUCAUCAUCAUCAUCAUCUUGUUCGGCACCGAGCAUACCAAAGAAUAACAAUCUGUAGCAGGGAGAUGUUGUGUCUGAGUAAUGAUCGUAGUUUCGACUGAUUUGGUUCCCGCAAUUGAAACAAAAGAAGGUGGAGCAUUCCGAGCAUUUCAUUCUAUUGCAACCUUCACUCUUUUCAAUGACAGUUUUACAACCGGGACAUUCUCUAGCUUGAUUGCCUUCUUUGAGCAUGGCUUCGAAUAGCUUAUCCAUCUUAUAUUCUUCAAUGGCACGUAAUAUUGUAAUACGGCCAUACCUGGCAUUCAAUGUCUUUCGUUCAUAUGAAUCACUAGGAUACAAGGGGUAUGCUUCAAGAUCUGCCACGGGUAUGCCCGAGUAAUUUUCAUUUUCGUUUACCUUAUUACAUAGUUUGAAUCGAGUAUGGUAUGACAUGCGACAAUCAUUGCAGAAUGAGUAUUGGCAUUUGGGACAGCGGACGAGUCGUUCAUGUAGAUCUUCACGGAAUAUCACUUCAUCGCAACCAAUUCGAGGACAACUUACUAACCGAUUCGGGAGGAGUUUGCCGAUGAAUUCAAACUGGGAUUUCUUGUAUAAGGUCAUGUAUCGCUUGACUAGUUCAUUAGCCUGGUCGGUCUUGGGUUUGAAGAUGUGGGUGAGCAAUGCGAGUGGAACUGUCGGCGUCAACAUUGUUGUGACCAUCUCCUUGACUUUGCUGUCGUUCUCCAUCCACGUUUCUAAUUUGGCAAACAGAUCUCGUGUCUUGAUGUGUAGUUUUGUGCAUUCAAAAUCGGGACAAUGAACCUUGUCAAUUUCGCCGGUGGUGAUGACUGAAGAAAAGUAUUCAUACAAGCAAUCGUUGCAGAAGACGUGACCACAGUCAAACUUCAGACAUUGUAGUCCUGAGUAGUUGUUUUGACAUAUUUCACAGGCGAAUGUCAGAUUAUUAAAUUCGGCUUGCUUCGUGGAUUGGUCGUAGUCGAUAAUAUCGUAGUAGAGCUGGUAGUGGUCUAUAAUUUCUAUCGGGGAUGGUAGGAUUUCAUCUAUAUUGUUUUGAGUCGUAUCCAAGAGUUUAUCUAUAAGCAUGAAUAUGACCUGGUCUUUGUAGUCGAACCAAACAGAGCUUAACUCCGUUUCAAGUUUGUUUAGUUUAUCCGGGUGAAUGAUUUGGGAAGAUAGUUUGAUUUGUGGGGGAUGGUCAUAAGGAUAUCCUUCUGGGAGAGUAAAAUCGAGCGUAAUUGCAGGUAAGUUAACCACUUGCUUGCUGGCCAAUACUGUUGAAUUUUGGAUUAGUCUAAUUUCCGAUUCGGUAUCUAGCUUAAUAGGAAUGUCGAUUGAGCCGGACAACUUCGAGAUGCGGAGAUUGGGGUAGAUGGUCUGACAUGAUUCGAGUUCUUGUAUUCUUAUAUCGUCGGAGAAUGUGGGUUCAUCCAUGGUGACAUACUUUGUGGAUGGUAUUGGUAAGAUGGUAAGGUUAAACAUCUGACAUUUCCCCAGGGCACAAAAUGAGUCAAGA